UGCCAUUGUUUGAAAGGAUACUAUGCAAAAGGAUGAGUAUUCACUCCUACAAUCCCUGUAUCCCUUUAAGAGAAAAUAGCUUAUAGUCUUAAACUUACUAUCCCCUUGGAGGAAGAACUUAUGACUCCCUUUUACUGGAUUUAUCAGUGAUGGCUGAGGCAAGCAAUUGCUUGGUCAUAUAUUCAAGUUCAAGUCACUGGCAAAUUUUUGGCAUUAUAUUUAAGGGCUAUUUCUCACUGUUAGCUCUUUUGGAGAGUAUAACAGUGGGCUGCACUACCAAGUCCUUUGCUAAUAAGAACUGCUUUAGAAAUUCUGCUAAUGGGACUAAGGACUGCCUUAAAAAUCCUCUGAUCCUUAAUAUCCUUUUGCAGCCUGAUCCCAUUGGCUGCAGCAGCAGCAAAUAGGGUUUUAAUAUUAGGUGCAAUGAUUUCAAUACCAUUGUGGUGUCGCUAUCUGUAAAGCUGCAUUGAAAUCACCAAAACUGAGCCAGGAUGUCACAACCCUGGAGUAAUUUUUGCAUGUUGGGUUGGUAGGAAAGCAUUCAUAGAGUAAUGAUGCAUGCCACUGCCCUUCUUUCACACUUUCAGCAAAGCACUAAUGCUGCUAGAUCACAUCUUUCAUUGCCAAUUCCAUAUCAGAAAACGGUAUCCCAUAUAACUCCACUGAUAAUAAAACUUGUUUAACCCUCUUUUUAUGGCACGUUGAUGGUGUGCUAGAUUUUCUGUGCAUGGUGGAUGAACUCUUUACAGGGAAUUGUUUUUCAAAGUGAUUUAUUUGCUAGGCAAGGCAAUUUAUUUUCUUUAACCUGGUAUGUGGGAACGUUUUUGAUCAAGGACAAUUGUGCAGAAUUGUCCAAGAGCUUUUUCGAUAUGUUGGACUGAAUGCAAAAAGAUUGAGGGUGCAAUCCUCAGCUCACUUACCUGGAAGUUAGCCCUACUGAAUUCAGUAGGGCUUACUUCUGAGUAGCCAUAUAAGAUUGUGGUGUUUAAAGCUCCACUGUUGUCAGUGAAAUUAUAAAUGUGGUGUUAAAACCUGAGUGUACUGUCAACCAGUCAAGAUUUUAAAAAAAUGCCUUAGACAUUCUUAUACAGCAGUAUACAGUCUUAACAUUAUUAAUGAAAAACAAAACAAAACAGGGGUGGCUGUUGGAGUUACUUCCUACUUUCGAAAACCCAUCACUGCUGCUACUACUUCUGUGUUUGCUUAGGAUUGACUCAGUUGAAUUCCAGAUCUUAAAAUCUUUAUUUACUGACUGUACUUUUAAAUGAUCCAGUAACCUAACUCUCUGGGUAGCAUACAAUAUAUUAAAACAGGCGGUACAAAUAUCAAAUAAAAAGCUUAAAUGGUGCAGAAUAAAACAAUGAUGAACAGAAACCAUUAUAACAUCAUUAACAAAAUUAUGUAUAUCUUAGCCAAUCUUUCAUUUAGAGAACUGGGCCAGAAUAUGCCAGUAAGGAGUGAAUAAGAUUUAUAUAGAUCUAUAAUUAUGAAGAAGAAUCAGAAUAGUAGUUGGAAAUAUGUAGGUUAUCUUGUUAGGUUAAAACACCCACAUAUUGAGGUUUAACUCUAAUAGUUGAUAAGUGUGGUGCCGGAGUUGUGUGAUGCGGUUGUGUCAUUCUACAUUGUGACUGGGUUGUAGCUGUGGGGCAUUCCCAGGAGCAGUUCUUACCACACCUGGGAAGUUAUUUUGAUGUUUGUAUUUUGCUUAAAUAAAAUGAAAUUGCCUACAUGCUUUGCCUUGGGAGCCUAGUAACUGUGAUCUAAAACUUUUAUGCUGCCACAUCUGUUAAAGUGUGUUUCUUAAAAACUGCUAGGUUCAAGUAAUUGCAGUGGUAGGUGCUCUUUCUGGAGAGCUUUUCACUAUUUUGGCUGUUGGAAAUGGCCAUGGAAUUCACCAUCUAUGCAUAUUUGCUGACAGUAAAAAUACAGAAUAACACGUUGGACCAAAAUGAGCAGCGAAAAUGGUUUUGUUUCUUGGCAGGUUAUGAAGUGCCCUUACAAUUUUAUUUCAAUUACACACACAUGUAUAUCUUAUAUAUUUGGAACAUGCCAUGCAAAAGGAACUGCUUAUAACAUAAAUUUCAGCUGUGCAUAAGCAGUAGGAACAGUGUUUGUCUCCUUGGUUGUAGUAUUGGUCACACAAUAAUUAUUCCAGCAGCUGGAGACCUUACCCAAGUAAAGUUUCAUCCAUAUAGGAAGUAGGAGCGAAGUAAAGUAUGACUGCUUCUUUUAAAAAAGGAUUAUUGACCCUUUACUGCUCUAGCUUGUCAUUGAAUCUGUGUGAUAUGCAUUUGAAUAAGUGACUAUUUAAUGUGCUCUGCCUUUGCUCUCAGGGAUGUAGCUUGUACAAAAGAGAUGAUAUAUGAUGGCAUGUGGUUGCAUCUGCCAGAUCUUGGAGUGUCGAUAUGGAGAGAACAGGGAAGUUGAAGAGUGAAGGGGGUACAAAUUAAUACCAGAGCAAAGUUCCCUGAUGAAUUACUGAUUCAGUGAUUUAUGGGUCUGGUGUCUGUUAGUGCAUUGUUCUAGUAUUUCUGAGACCUUCACAGUUCCCAAAUAAUCAGUAACACUACAAGUGUUGUCUCUUUCUGUCCUUUUGGGGGAACAAGCCUUUGGGCAUAGGCGCUUGUACAUAUAAUUCUGCCUUUUUUGCCUUAAACUUCCUUGCUAAGUCAAAGGAAACUAAAAUAGGCUCUGUUUGCCAAGGCAGUUUAGAUUUCAAAUGGAUUUCUGAUUUUCUUUCUGGAUUCAUUAUGUGUUAAAGGGACUAGCAUGGAUUGGCUUUUGCAUGGCUAUUCAUUUUUGUGGGUGGAUAGGUGGGUGGGGAAAGUGCUUCUUUUGCAGCUGUGCUAGUGCAUGAACUUGCAGGCGUAAAAACAUGAAUUUGGUUUUUCUCUGUGGAGACUUUCCGUUUUGCUCUGGGCAAGGUUAUUGGCAGGGAAAAUAUAAGGAAUGCUAAAUUGACAUUUCUCUUUAUGUUAGAAUCACUUUUGUUUCUUUUUUGAUUGGGAAUAAAGAACCUUUGGGGAGCUUCAGUGAGUGCUUAAAUUCUCUUUCCUCUCACUGUUGCAGAGCUGCUAGGGACAAAUACAAUCUGCUGGGUUUUUUUUAAGCUUCACUUUUAAAUACGGCAGGGUCUAAUUUGCUAUUUGUAGGCCAGUAUAACAAACUGCUUGAAGAACAAGCAAAUAGAAUGAGUUAGAAAAAUGAAGGUAAAACUCAAGAACAGCUUGAGGAUGGCAUCUUUAGUUCCAACCCAAUAUGGUGGAGACAUCAAAUGUAACCUAUCAUUUCCCAUUAUUACAUUAAACUUGAUUUUAGGCUUUGGUUGAUCAAGAUGUGACAUUCCCACAUCAGUCUCAGCUGACUCUCCCAAGAACCCCAGGUCCUGCUUUUUUGCUGGCAUGCAUUUAUUUUGAUGCCCAGUUUUCUGUUUGCCUUUAUUCCCUUCUGCUGUCCUGGUCCUUCACAUUCUGUAAAAUAGCCUGUUAUAAUAAACUACCAAAGUUUAUUAGGUUGGAUCCAGACUUAAUAUUUUGAGACCAGUGAAACUUAAGGUAAUCAUGACCAAGCUAAUUAUUGAUUUCCGUGGGUCUGCUCUAAGCAUGAGCCAGACAGGAUCCAACCCAUGAUAGUUACAAAAAAGUUCAGGUGGUACAUAAAGUUAAUGCUUCAUUCAUUCAUUCAUUCAUUCAUUCAUUCAUUCAUUCAGAGCGUAUGAGAAGUGCCUGGCUUCUUAUUUUGAACAGAGCUGUUAUCUUGGUACACCAUUUUAAUUUUGACUGGGCUGGAUGGAACAACACGGUCUGGUAUCAGUCACAUGUGAGCAGUUUCACUGUUACUUUUAAAGUCCUUGCGAAUUACCUAAUGCUUUGGAAGGCUGACUUUUGCUCGCAUUUUUCCAACAUAGGAAGCCGCUUUAUAGUGAGUGAGAUUAUUGUUCCGUGGAGGCCAGUGCUAUUCUGUCUUGAUUGGCAGAGGCUUUCUGAGAUCUUUCCCGGAGCUGAAGCCUUGGAUAGUUGCAAUUGAAGAUGCUGUGGCCUAAAUAUGCAGGCAAAACGUGCUCUCCAGCAUCGAGCUAUGACCCAUCACCUAAUAUUCGACAGUUUGUUAUUGAGUAUUUUAAAGCUGUGCCUCCAUUCUCUUGAGAAGACAGAAAUGCUUGCUGAACAAAAGCCAGGUUUGCCUGUUCUCUGGUAACCAUCAGCCAAUUCACUUAGCCAUAUGAGUGAAUUUACUGGAUUUGAACAUGGAGUUCAAUCCUUCAGAUCACCCACGGGCCAGCACAAUAUUUCUCAGCAAAUCACAAACGGAUGUGAGAGAAAAACGGAAGAGUCUCUAUAUAAAUCACCAUCCUCCUGGUCAGUUGAGAAGGAAAUACAGUUCCUGUUCUACUAUUUUCUUGGAUGACAGCACAGUCAGUCAGCCCAACCUCAAGUAUACAAUUAAAUGUGUAGCUCUUGCAAUAUAUUACCACAUCAAAAACAGGGACACAGAUGGAAGAAUGCUCCUAGAUAUUUUUGAUGAAAACCUCCACCCCCUUUCGAAAUCCGAAGUGCCGCCAGAUUAUGACAAACACGACCCAGAACAGAAGCAGAUUUACCGCUUUGUGCGAACGUUGUUCAGCGCUGCUCAGCUGACUGCCGAAUGUGCCAUUGUCACCCUGGUAUACCUUGAAAGACUUUUAACUUACGCAGAGAUAGAUAUCUGUCCAGCAAACUGGAAACGAAUUGUCCUGGGUGCAAUUCUGCUAGCAUCAAAAGUUUGGGACGACCAGGCUGUGUGGAAUGUGGACUACUGUCAGAUCCUGAAAGAUAUCACAGUUGAGGACAUGAAUGAGUUGGAGCGCCAGUUCCUGGAGCUGCUGCAGUUCAACAUCAAUGUUCCCUCCAGUGUUUAUGCCAAGUAUUAUUUUGAUUUGCGAUCCCUGGCAGAAGCCAACAACCUGAGCUUUCCGCUGGAGCCACUCAGCAGGGAAAGGGCAUAUAAACUUGAGGCCAUCUCUCGCUUGUGUGAAGACAAGUAUAAGGACUUCAGGAAAUCUGCAAAGAAACGAUCAGUCAGUUCGGACAAUCUGACUGUAGUUAGAUGGUCACCUGCUAUUAUCUCCUAACAGUGAAGUCUGGGAUAUUCUUCCAAAAAUACUGUUUCUAUCAUCAACUUCGGGUGGGAGGGGUGUUUUCUUCUUCUUUUCUUCUUUGUUUUUCCUUCUGUCCUUACUUUUUCUUAUUUUUAGAUCUGCCUUUACAGUGCCUCCCCCAUUGUGUAGCACACAGUAAUAAAAACAAGGACUGGGGAGAACAAUCAGUACACCGGAAAGAACUUUGGAAGAGGAUUGAUUUUGUUACUUGCUCCAGAGCUUGUCCCUUUUUGUGAGGAAAAGGCCAAUGCAUACAUAUGCUUAGAAGAGGAGAAAACAGAAACCAACAAGUGUGCUAUUUAAAAAAAAACCCUCAACAAAAACAGUUGGAAAUAAAUGGAAAUAAACACCACAAGAUAAGCUGGGAAGAAGUACUAUAAGAAAGGAGUUGGAAGUGUUUCACGUUCUCCUCAGUAUCUUCUAUCAGUUUUCUGGGUUUUUGCAUUCCUAUUUGGGUUUGCUGGGUUGCUUUUCCUGCUUCCACAAAGCAGCAACUAUGAAGAAGGCAGUAUCUACACUAGCACAACAAAGGCCUCUAAAUUGGGCAACAUUGGUUGUUUUCUCCUCUCUCCCACUCCAGCGUGCUGCACCUUUUUUCAUAUGCUGUUUUAUUAGCUUUUCUCCCUUUAAUUAUUAUUGCGUAUUUUGUUUCUUGUAUACCAUUAUUGUAUUUUUGAAAAAAAAUGACUUGAUUUAUAGUGCUGAACCAAAAGUAUACAAGAAGAUCAGGUGUUCGUUUGUAAUUUCCUUUCCCCCACCUUUUCUUUAAUUUAUAGCAACCAUGUCCAUGGUGCUGCCUAUGAGCUGCGUCGCAAAUACUGGCUGCUUCUUCGUAUAUGUGGCUGCAUGUGCCUUCCUACAUUCUUUGGGAUAGUUUAUUUUUCCUUACUAUAAAGUUAUAGUUAUUGGAAGGAUUCAGACAACAGUAUAACUUGGGCCAAGGAGGUGACAUUUGCAUAGGAUGUGGUAGUCCUUCUUGCAAGCGUUUCAGAGCAUUUAGAGAUUUGGCAGCAUUUAAGUGGGAGAGAUGAAAAGAGAAGGGAGAGCGGGAGGGAGAAAUAUCUCUUUUCAUAUGGCCCAAACAGUUGAUUUCCUUCACUUCCUGGUUCAACGUUGCAAGCAAUAGCCUCAAGUUUUUUAUAUGUUUACUUUAAAUGGAAACCAAUCUGUUUGUAUAAAAUAGAAAAAUAAUUAAAAAAAAGUUUUUUGUUUCAGUAAGAAAGGGUCCAUUGAAGACAAAGACUAAAACCUAUAUUAAUUUUACCAAGUGUUUUGUCACAGGUUAGAUUUCAGAAUAAAAACUGUUUUAAACAAUUGCAUUUUUCAGUGUAGGUGCUUAUAGAAAUUUAAACAAAAUGCAAACUGUGAAGAGAAUUUUGUUGCUUAUAUUGAUUAUAAUGUACCUUUUUGUUCUUACUACUGGUUUCCCACACUUCUUUUCCUGUUCUUAAUGGGAUAAGCAAGUUGAAUAACCUUUUUAAUAUAGCAAUUCAAGUUAUCUCUGUAAAAAUACUCUAUACAAGUGUCUUUGAAUUAUUUUGCACAUUUGAGAAGGUUGCCAUUUUACAUAAAACAACAGACCAAAAUCAGCCGUACAUUUAAUGAGCAUGGAGUUCCAUGAACUCUCUUCUUCCCAGUGCAAGACAUGGUGAAACACACGACACUCUCCCUCUCUGUGUCAGGUGAACUGCAUGAGAGUAACAUACAAAGCACAUUCCACCAAGAGCUUCUCCUGCACAGACACCCAUGCCAGCUGUGUGGUUAAGUUCCCGUCCUGUUCGUUUCAUCGGAGGCUUGCACAGAGUAAUGGUCCAUCGGCGUGCUCCUGAGCAACUCCCAUUAGUUGCAGUGAUAGCAUGCCCUAGACACAUUUCUUUAUCUGGUCCCAUUGACCUUUAAAACCCAACAAGACUGCUUGCAUUUUCCAUGUAAGGGCACAUCCAUGCACCUCUUAAUUUGGGGAAGUGGAAAUGUCAGUCCCUGUGGUCAAAGCUGUGGAACCAAAGAGGAGACAUGCCUCCAAACCAGAAAUUUUGCUGUUGAUAUUUUCUUCAGGAGUUCCUUCUACUAAGGAAGCAAGCUGCCUUUCAGACCUGUCUCCUUAGUGGCAUGAGCUGCUGCAUCAGAAAGUGCAAUCUUGUGACUGCAUGUUUCUUUCUUGGGAUCUCAGCUAAGGUAUGCAGGGUGGCAUUAGGCAAGCUAGUCUCCUGCUUGGACAAUAAGAACCAGUGGCCAGUUGGCCACUGAGAACCAAUGGUGGCCAACGAGAACCAAUAGUGGCUGUGUCAUCAUCACUACCAGCUUCCAGUCCUGGUGGAGCUGGGGACAAUUAUUUCUAUAGGACAAUUGCCAUGUUUCUUUCCUGAUUCUCUAAUACCUAGUUGGGAGUGUAGGAAGUGGCUGUCUGGAUGUGCCCUAAGCAUGCUCAGAAGCAGAGCACUAAAAGACUUUCAUCAGGUAACAGUAUCCCUGAGAAAGAUGCUUCUUGCCUUAAAGGAGUAGAGCACUGACAAUAUUAAAUUGCUAAUAAUCCGUUUUCUACAAACUUUCUAGCAUGCAUGACACAGUGUGAAGACUUUGCACACCAGUAAGAAGGAUCCAACACCGUCCAGCUGUUGGCACUUUUUAUGCAGCACCAGUGGGAAACAUUGCUUGUGCACCAUCAAUAGCACUUGCACAGUGUAAAACGUGCAGUGGCCAGGCACUGUUGGAUGCUUCUUUGUGUUUCAUGAACCUUAAAACAGUUUAAGUCUCACUCCUUUUUAUUACUCUCUUAAUUAUUGUGCCAAUAAAUCGAGUUCUGAUUGAACCAGGUCAGGGUUUGAAGAUUCCAUCCCCACCCCUUGCCUUUUCCUUAAAUAGAAUGUUUUAAAAAGCAUCUUUAAGAGAUUGGGGGAAAAGAAAACAAUGAGAAUGAAAAGAGUUGCUGUUUGAUAGAAUGGGGUUACAGCUCCUCUCCCAAACAUGUAAAUAUGAUUUUUACAUUCAGUUGUUUUUCAAUAUAUUGCAAAACAAUUUUGGGGCUGACUUUUCUAGCAAGAGCAUUGUUGAUAAUCAGUUUGGAAUGGGGGUAGGGGAAGGCAGUAAGGUUUGCAUUAUGUAAAGUUCUCAAUGCAUCUACUAUAAUUUUGUGAGGUUUAUUAAACAACUUAAAAGAUUGUAUAGUCUAUUUAUUGUAUGUAUGUACAUACAGUCGGAUACUUAAAAUUUCAAGUGGAUUCCGUAAAACCUGGCUCAGUCUUGUUUAGACUAUUGGAUAUCGUUUUAGCCUUGUGCACUGGAUUCUACCUCUGUAUAGGAGAAUUUUCCAUAUUCUUCAAUUAGUACUGAUUCUGUGAUUUAACUUGGUUAUGUUUCUUGCACUAAAAAUUAAAAAAAAAAGAAAUCUGCUGUUA